GUAGUUUUUUCGUAGUUGUAGUGCAAGUUGUAGUUCAUGGAGGAAAGAGAUAGAAGUACUAGCUUGGAGCGCCCGACAACACCCCCUCGCGCUAGGAUUCCCCCCCUCCCGAAGUAACCCACGGAGCACUAAGAUUGCCCGAGAUUCAACCUCUUGGAUUUGAAUUGCUCAAAUCCGAAAGUUUUCGACUUUCGCGAGUUUUUCUGCAAUUCAAUUCUUUGGAAAGGAAUCCCCCAAAUCUAAAAACUUACGGCUUUAGCAAAUUUCUCUGGCAUGCAAUUUCUUGGAUUUGAGAACUCAAGCCCAAAAAUUUUCGACUUUAGCAAGCUUUUCGCAGAAACUUCUCGGGUUUGGAUUGCUCAGACCCGAACUCUUUCGACUUUGGCAAAACAUUUCGGAGCUUUUCUGAAACUCGAUCUCUUUCCUUAAAUCCAAAAGUUUUCGACUUUAACGAGUCUCGCCGAGAUUCAAUGUCUUGGGUUUGAAUUCCUCAAGUCAAAAACUUGCGACUUUGGCAAGCUUUUCCGCGAUUCAAUUUUUUGGGUGUCACUUUCUCAAAUCCAAAAGCUUGCGACUUUCACAAGCUUCGCAGAAAUUCAAUUUCUUGGAUUUCAAUUCCUCAAAUCCAAAAAUUUCCGACUUUAUCGAGCUUUUCUGAAAUUCAAGCUCUUGGCUUUGAAUUCCCAAACUCCGAAAGGUUUUGACUUUAGCAAGUUUUUCGGAGAUUCACUCUCUUGGAUUUGAAUUCCUCAAAUCCCAAAAUUUUUGAUUUUAACGAGCUUGGCCGAGAUUCAAUCUCUUGGAUUUGGUUCUAAGCUCAGAAGUUCGCGAGUUCAUGUGCAGUUCAAACGCGAAAGCGUGAGAGUUUGGGGCGUGGAAGUGGGAGAGUGAGAGUUUGGCGGUGUCGUUGUUGUUUCUUACUUUAGCUCUUUCAUAUUUGAAUCACGCAUAGCUUGAAAGCAGGAAAAAUGUCGAAGCGCGUGGAUGCAGUUGCGGGGGAUGGACAAGAGGACAAAAAAAAGGCAUGUCCCAUGUCGGGAAAAUACGGUCAGUGCCCAGGUACUCUUGAGUCUGAAAACCAUGCAUAAUUAUGCGAGGCUCUUUUUACACGGCAUAUGCAUCCACUCACAAUGUGAUUGAUUCUGCAGAGAGUCUUGAUUUCCUGCACAUUGAAAUUUGAACAACAUUGAUAACUGGGUAUAUCAUCAUCAACAACAGUUUCGGGCCUCCUCUCAUCAAAGCCAGAUGCAGAGGCAAAAUCAGAUCCUUUCGCCGCAGGGUCGAAGAGCUUGUUGAGCAAAUCAUCGGCGGAACCUUCGAAUGAAGGCUCGCUUGCAUGGGCGCUCUGCCCAAUUCACUGUUACGAAAGACGACUACACUUUUUCUAUAAUCAAUCUGCCCAAAAAAGUAACUGUAUAUGUACGAAGAUUAGAAGAUCAAUGAGUGAUGGAUUCAUACUACUUCAUGAUUUCAAUACCAGGGCUAGGGCAUACUAAAUUGAAUAUAUUUGUUCUAAUGAUGAAAAAGAAUAUGUUCUUGCACUACUUGAUUAACCUAACCUUAGCUCUUCUAAGCUCGGAGCAAAAACACCAUCUACCUCGUCUGUAUCGUGUACGCAUGCGCCUUUGUACAAGGGCUCUUUGUCGCACGAGCAUUUCUUUAG